CCAGAAGAAGGCGAAAAGCUCGUCAGCUUCAUCACAUACCAAUCCUAUGUGCGUGCUUCUUGGAGCUCUGUUCCCAAGCUGGCAGGGCUGGAAAGGUGCGGGAAGAGCUGCAGGCUGAGGUGGAUGAACUACCUGCGGCCAGACCUGAAGAGGGAAUGUUUCAGCGUGGAAGAAGAGAGGAUGAUCCUCCAUCUCCACAGGAUGCUAGGCAAUAGAUGGGCUCAGAUCACCAUACAUCUGCCCAGUCGCACCGACAACGAGAUCAAGAACUUCUGGAACUCGUCCGUCAACCUCCUCCUCGCUCCACAAGCCGGCCAUAUUAAUUACUCAUAUCUCAGCAACCACUCAUUCCCUGCAACAACCUCAGCUUCUUCUUCACUAUGA